AGAAUCUGGUAUAAUUGGCGAAAUAAGAGCACCGAUGGCCUCCCACUUUCAAUGCUGAUGCUUUGGUCUUCUUGUGCUGUACCCUUCGGUGUAUACGCAAUUGUUCAGCGAUUCAACUUCGCGCUUCAAUUCCAACCUCAAUGCUUUGGUGCCCUCACAUUAAUCUGCUGGGGUCAAGCACUCGUAUACUCCCACCGAUGGAGAACGUGGACGGCCACUCUUGCAACGAUUUCCGUUGCCCUUGGACUCGGUCUGAUCGAGCUAGUUCUCAUAAUCACUCUUCGAAGACCCUACUAUAACGGUGUGAAAUGGCCUAUGAUGAUGAUGGCAAUCAUUGCGUCUGUGAUGCAAGCCGCUGGGCUCAUUCUUCCGUACUUCGAGCUGGCUAAGCGAAAUGGCCGUGUCAUUGGCAUUAAUUUCAUCUUCCUCGCCGUGGAUUAUUCUGGGGCGUUUUUCUCCGUCAUGGCAUUAGUCGCACAAAAUACCUUUGAUAUCCUCGGAGGUUCGCUUUAUAUUGUUUGCAUGUCCCUCGAGACUGGAAUCUUCCUCUCCCACUGGAUCUGGCUCUGGCGCGUCCGGCAUAUACGUCGCGAGGCCAAGAAAGCGGGGGUGUCCUACGACGAAUACAUUGCUAGACACCCGUUCAAGAAGCUCAGGCGUUCCGAUUCAGUCGAUGUAAUCGCUGAUGUUGAAGCAUGCCCUGUCGAUUCGAACCGAAAUUCCACCAUCACACCCUUGGAGAAGUGCAGGAUGAAACCAGCGAAAGGCUCCCUCGACUUCACCAAAACGGAGGUUGCUAACCUCGACCCUGCAAUAAUAGGCCAGGGGAAUCAACCUCAGAACACUGCAGAUUCCGCUGGCCGGGUCUAA